UGUUUUCCCCUCCCCCUCCCCAAUGGCGGUGAUGGCGAUGAGGAUUAGGAGGUGCGGCCAGGCCAGGCUCGGUGCGGGCCGAGGGAGAGGUUAGAGCUACACUGUCUGAUAGACGCAGUCUCGGUCCGCUGGAGGAGCAUCUCGAAAAGAUAGCUGAACUCAACCAGUGUUGAACCUUCAUGCAAAGCUGAACUCAACCAUUGUUGAACCUUCACGCAGAGCUGAACUCAACUAGUGUUGAACCGACAAGUGUUGAGGAGUCCGAGUGGAUGUCUUCAUGGAUAUUAUUGAUAUAUUUAACCCUUUGCUAGCCACCGACCACUUGGAUGACACUCUGAUUUUAGAGCCAGACUUAGAAAGUGAAGUUUGUGAUUGUGGCACAGAACCAGACAUCCUGGGAGGUUCUUUAAGAAACAUGCUGAGUGACAAAGAUCCUAUGCUAGGAUCUGCUAGUGCACAAUUCAGCCUGCCCUUUUCAGAUAAUGAAGAUGGCAACUUUCAGCUAACAUGCUCAACAGUUGCUGAACUUGAAUUCACUGAUGAAAGCGACAUAAAGGAAAGUGACCUUGAUACUAUGGAGGAAGAAGAUUUAUCAGAAUUAUCUAGCAGAAAAAAUAAGGGUAAAUCUCAAAAAUCACCUGUGCAGUCACCUCGAAAAUCUCCCCGUUUAUUGGCCCAGGAACCAAUUCGAAGUCUGCGCAACAGUACCUUAGCCAAGCGGCCCAGUCCAGCAAAUGUAGCUCUCACAAAAAAGAAAGAACAGGUAAAAUACGUCUCAGUUGGGGCAAGUUCAACAAAGCUGCCAGAUCGGCAUGAAAAACAAAGCCCACAAAAGCCUGGAGGAAAAAGUAAACUGCAGCAACAGAAUGUAUCAGCAAGUGCACAAAGUACUGCCGAAACUCCUUGUGAUUCUGUACAGUCUGAACCUGCAAAUUCAAAAAACCCUGAAUUGAAAAUGGAAACUUGCAUUACACCCAAAAGUACACUUGAAAUACCUUGUGGAAAUAUUAAACAUAAUAUAGUAGAAUCAUUGGGACAGAAUGCAUUUGAGUCUGCUUCAGAACCGCACUGUUCUAGAGUGCCAAUAAUUGCUUUAGGGACAGAAGGAGUUCUUCAAGAUGCAACAGCAGAGAAUGUAAACGAUAUCAGUUGCGCAAAGACGCAACCAAUUGCAUCAGUCAGCCAACAUCCAAUUGAGCCUGCUUUGGAAUCACAGCACUCUGUUCAGGAGUGUAUGGUAGAGAAUGAUGAUGCACAACAACUCAUGGACUGUAAAGAUGAACAAACAACAGACAGAGCCCAAAGUCCAGUUAAAUCUGCGCUGGAAACACAGUGCUCUACAGAAUCAUUAAUUGGCGCAUGUAUUGAUAUGCCUGAAGAUACAGUCGGAAUGGAUGCUGAUCUUCAUAAAAAUGCAUGUGCAUUCCCUCAUGGAAAUGUCAAUGGUGCUGGAGAGGAGUUAAAGAAGACUGUAGAGGAAGGACACAAUGUAGAAAUAAAUGGAGUGAAAGUUGUGGAUAGUAACAUUAUUACUGAACACAAAGAUAAACCAGCUGAGUUGGAUUCUGUUGUACCAAGCACUGAAACUACACCAUCUAUAAACAAGGUGGCAGACAUUCUGCUAAAACAAGAAAAUCUACAGCGGUCAGUGAAUGAAGAAUUACAGAUAUCCUCUGAACUAGAUGCUUCUGUAAAUUAUGUAGAAGCAAAAGAAGACCUUAACGUGCUGCCAGAUAUAGGAACCGCAUAUAAUAAUGCUAGCAUUCUUAUAAAUGAGAAUGUUUCAGAUACUCCAGGAUUAAUUGAAGACUCUGGGAAUAUUAAGGCAAUUCAUCUUGAGAUGGCUGUUUCUCCAAAGCUUGAAACUGUGGCACAAGAGAUCAAACUUGAAGUAGCAAGAUCUGACUCUUCAAAAAUAAUUGCCAGUGAUAUCAGUGAAUCUGAAAAAAAUGAUAACUCUCCUCAUCAUGUGGCAUGUAAGAACCAGAGUAAUGUAACUGAGCAAGAUAAUUCAACUGAGCAGAAUUUGGGCCUCAGUAAGGAAGAAAUGCAGGACCUUUCCAAACUUAAAGACCUCAAGGAAAUUAUUUCUGAAAAGCAGGCUGGUGCAAUGGAAUUCAAGAACCAGACUUCAAAACAUGAGAAGUCAGUAUUGAGUCCUCAGCAUAAACUUGUACAAGAUCCAAAACCUGAACAGAGUGAAAACACUUUUUACUCCAAUAGGAAAAAAGCUAAGUUGGAUAUUCAGUCCUCUGAAGCACUUAAACAAUCCAAGUCUCACAGUUUGACAUUAGCCAGUAAAAGGAAAGCGGUUGACCAAGAUGAACAUCAUCACAGGACUGCUAAAUGCUUGAAAACACAGGUUACACAAAUUGCUAAAUUGAAAAUGGACCAAGAGCAAAAGCAAACAGCAAAAACACAGUCACCAAGCAAGAUUGUAUCAGUGACCAUGGCGGGGCAAAAGUUAAGGAAAACAAUUCCGGCAUCUAAGCAUAAUUCAAAUUCGACUUUGAAGCUGAAUGAGGUACCAGCAAAGCAGGUGACUCGCUCUAGCCACAAACCUAUCUCUUCAACGGCUAGAGUAGUUUCCCAACAGUUAGACAAUAUAAAGGAAAAAGACAAGGGAAAGAUUAUGGAACAUUCUAAUGAAGAUGAUAAAGACAAAUUGAAAAUUAGAAAAAGUGAGAAGAGUAUUCUACCAAGGCAAAGACGAAGCAGCAAAAGUUUUUCAUUGGAUGAACCACCAUUGUUUAUCCCAGAUAAUUUACCUGUAGUAAAAAAAGAUGAAACUGACAUGGACCAUUCCACCCCUGUUGCUACUUCAGAUUUAUGGGACCCCAAAAAACUAUGUGGAUUUUGUAGGAAACCACACCACAGCAGGUUUAUGAUAGGUUGCGGAAGAUGUGAUGAUUGGUUUCAUGGAGAGUGUGUUGGAUUGACACUUGUCCAAGCACAGCAACUGGAGAAAGAGGAUAAAGAAUUUAUUUGUUUCAAAUGUUGUGCUAUGGAAGACAAAAAUGCUCCAUCAGUUAAUCAUAGUUACACAAUAAAACAUCAGUGUGCUCAAAAUGACAUGGAGAAAGCCAAGCCUGAACUAACUCUUGAGCACACAAUCCAUUUAAAAAAUGAAAAGAUGAGUAAUUCAGAUGAACUAAAUAUAACUGCAACAGAUAUUACUGGUGUAAAAUCAAAACCAGAAAUAAUAGAGAAGACUGAGCAAUUGCUGAAUAAGAAGCAAAAGGACAAAAUAUUAAAAAAGGUGUCUAACAUAAGAACUGGUUCUACUGAUUCGAAGGACUCUCAGACCAAGAAUGCAAAAAAAACACGUUUAGGAAAUGACUAUCUUGGACAAGUAACAGGAACCUCACAGACACCUGAACAGAAGAAAAGCAAACCACUGAAAGACCUUGCAGCUAGUCGGCUUAGUCAAGGAGAAAAGCUUCCUAAACUAGAUUUAAAGGACAAACAACCUGUGAAGAAGAAAGCAGAGAAAGGAGGAUCAAAUAGUGCACCAGGUCCAACUAGCCCUACUGCACCUCAGCCUACUGUAGAGCAAAUAAGACAGAAUGUCCGGCAUUCUCUGAUGGAUAUUUUGGCAAAAAGGCUCUCAGAAUCGGAUUUGAAAGUUCCAGAGGAGCGAGCAACAAAGGUUGCAGCCAGGAUUGAAAGAAAACUAUUUUCUUUUUAUGGAGACACUGAUACUAAAUAUAAAAGCAAAUACCGAAGUUUGAUGUUUAACCUCAAAGAUCCAAAAAAUCAAGUCUUAUUCAAGCGAGUCUUAAAGGGUGACAUUGUACCUGAUCAUUUAAUUCGUAUGAGUCCAGAAGAACUGGCAUCCAAGGAAUUAGCGGCAUGGAGACAAAGAGAGAAUAGACAUAUGAUUGAAAUGAUAGAAAAGGAACAAAGGGAGGUUGAAAGACGACCAAUUACGAAAAUAACUCACAAAGGAGAAAUAGAAAUUGAAAGUGAAGCACCAAUAAAGGAAUCUGAGACAGUAAUUACAGAGGGGGCUGAACUAAAACCUAUCGAGCCAAAAUCUGUAGUUGAGAAAUGGGAAGAGACUGAAGAAGAAACAUCAACAGAUAUGACAGAGGACACUACUUGUCAGCACAAGAAACACCUCUUUGACUUGAAUUGCAAAAUUUGCACAGGUCGAAUGGCUCCACCCACCGAGGAACUGCCUCUGCCAAAAGCCAAAGUGGCAACAAGUGUCAUGCGACGUCAGUCAGAUGUUGAUGCUGAAAUGGCUUUUUUGGCCGAUGCUCUUUCCUCUGCUUCCAGCAUUCUCUCCUUAGAUGCAACAAUGGAAGAGAGACCUGAAUCACCACAGCUAGCAACUUCCUCUGUGACAAGGUCAGAUGCAUAUGAUAUCACAGAAGAUGAAUCAAGGUUUCUAGCUCGAUUAGAUUCUCUCUGGAAGGGAUUUAUCAACAUGCCCAGUGUAGCAAAGUUUGUUACCAAAGCUUAUCCUGUCUCUGGCUCAGCUGAACACUUAACAGAGGAUUUACCAGAUACCAUACAAGUCGGAGGUAGGAUUCCUCCCCAGAUGGUUUGGGAUUAUGUGGACAAGAUAAAAGCUUCAGGAACUAAGGAGAUAUGUGUGAUUCGUUUUAGUCCAGUAACUGAGGAAGAUCAGAUAACCUACACAUCGCUGUAUGCAUACUUCAACAGCAGGCAACGUUAUGGGGUGGUAGCCAACAAUGUGAAGCAAGUUAAGGACAUGUACCUUAUUCCUUUGGGUGCCUCAGAAAAAAUUCCUUAUCGGCUGUUACCAUUUGAUGGACCUGGACUCGAAGUAGUUCGCCAGAAUCUCCUCCUUGGGUUAAUAAUUCGGCAAAGAAUAAAGAGAUUAUUUAGUGCUUCACCUUCUGAAGAAGUCUCUGAAACCGAGAAAAUGCCUAGUAGUUUACCUCAAGACAAGAAAAUCAAACCAGAAUAUGUGGAAGAUGAAGGUGAAAAUGACGACGACGAUGAUGAAGAAAAUCAGUUCUUUAAUUCCUUCACUUCGGUGUUGCCUAAAUUUAGAAACAAACCCAAACAGUCAUCACCGGUUGAACCUCAGAUUUUGAAAACACCACCUUCAUCACCAGCAGAGCCUAUUCCUAUGCUAUCUACAAAACCAUUACGAUUUCUUCCUGGAGUUUUAGUCGGUUGGGAAAACCAGUCCACAUCUCUUGAAUUAUCCAACAGACCACUGGAUGAUAUUCUUCAAAGUUUGUUGGGAGAUGCAGAGAAGGAAGCUGAAGAGAAGUCUGUCUCCAUUAUUGAACCUGGGCUAGGGGAGCCUCCAGCUAGUAAAGAUUUUAAAAUGUCACAACCUGAAGAAACAAUUGAUGAUCAAGAACAUGCUAAAGAUUCCUCUAUACAUAAUCCCCCAGAGGAAAAUGAGAAAGCAGAUAAUGUCCCAGAGGAUGUCCAAGUUGCUGAAACUUCAAAGACAAGUGAGUUCCUUACAACUCUCACACUAAAAGACAAGCCACCAGAUGUUUCAACUGAAGCAUUUCUUUCAAGUCUUGCAACAAUAAAAUCACAGCCAAAUCACAAAGAAGAGCAUGAGAAAUUACGGCAUCACUAUAAGGUAAAGAAGGUAAAAAUGGAAAACUCAAGAGAGCAAAAAGAAGCUUCAGGAAGUUCACCAUCUCAGCCUGGGACCCCCAAGAUUGAGCUUUCUUCACUUGAGCCUAUUACAAAUACUGAACAAGUAGAUUCUACACCAGAAGCUCUUACACGAGUCUCACAGGUCGUCAACAUAAGUAGAGAUCCGAGACAAGCUGCUGUUCGCAAACAACAAAGUUUUGCAAUAAGCAAGUCUGUGGAGGACAGUACAGAUGAACAAUACACGGAUAACAGGAAAGAUAAAAGUGACGAUGAUAUUGUAAACAUAAAGGAUGUGGAGGAAGUUGAUAAGAAAGCCUUAGAAACGGAACAAGAAGAAAUAACCAUGAAGCAAAUUCCUACAGACCUAAUUAGUACAACACAUCAGGAAUCCAGUAAACUGGUGCAAGGCACAGUACCUUGUAUUGAAGAAGUUUCUCAACCAGUCUUUCACAAUAUCCCAAAACCAGUACCAGAAACAGAACCGACAGAUUAUUCGCAUGAAGAAGAAACUCAUUCUGAAACAGAAAUGGUAGAAACUCACACUAUUGAGACUGUCCAGUCAAUCCGCAGAGAAACUACCCCAUUGCCUUCUUUCCAUGGUCCACGUCCUAGUUCACAUUUUGAAUUCUCUUCAAAUGCUUUACCUGCGCAAAAUCAAACUCAAUCAGCAGUGUCUACGUCAUUGCCAAGUGGUCCUUCAGGUAGCCCAAUACCGAGUGGAAAUGUAUUUCCUCCUCCAUUACCCCAGCUGCACAACUUUUCCCAAGUUCAAGCUCACUCUCCUGGUUUUCCAUUUCAACGUGGUCCACCUAAUGCAAAUUUUCAACCGCCAGGUAAUUUGAUGCCUUCGUUCAUGCCAAUUCGCCCCCCGCCACUUCCUCCACCACCAUUUAGCUUACAAAAUGACCCCCAUUUGAGAUUCCAUUCCCCUGAUCUUGGUGUAACCCAUGCCUUAGUUCCAAACCACAUAAUGCCUUGGCUACCAGCAAUUAGCUGUCCUCCACAACACCACUUGGGUCUUAUGCAUCAUGCACAUGGCCAAGUAAUGCCACCUUUCAACUCUGACCACCCAAUUGAUGUCAACAGAUAUGCACCAAAUUCAGGAAUAUCAAAUUUUCAACCGAACAAAAAUGAUCAUAGAAAAGAAAGGCAUCAUUGUGAUCUUUGGGAUAGAUAUAGCCAACGUUCUGGACAUGACUUUAGUAAGGAGUAUGACAGCCAUCACAAACAUAGAUUUUAUAGUGAUUCUUAUCAUCGAAGAAAAGAUCGACACAAAGAAAGAGAGAGGGAUAAAUACUGGGACCGAGACUCAGAACGAAACAAGGACAAAUAUAAAGACAGAGAUCACGAUAAAGGGAGAGAUAGAGAGAAAAGAAGUCGCCAUGAGGACAGACAUAGGGACAAAGAUCGGGACCGGUAUCGGGAAAGAGAGAGGAGCCAUGAUCGUGCAGACUCGAGAAGAGAACGAAGCAGAGAAAGAGAGAGGAGCCAUGAUGGUGCGGACUCAAGAAAAAAACGAAGCAGAGAAAGAGAGAGGAGCCAUGACAGAGCAGACUCUAGAAAAGAGAGAAGCAGAGAAAGAGAGAGGAGCCAUGACCGGGCAGACUCUAGAAAAGAGAGAAGCAGAGAAAGAGAGAGGAGCCAUGACCGGGCAGACUCUAGAAGAGAACGAAGCAGAGAAAGAGAGAGGAGCCAUGACCGGGCAGACUCUAGAAGAGAGCGAAGCAGAGAAAGGGAGAGGAGCCAUGACCGGGCGGACUCGCGAAGAGAGAAAAGCAGAGAAAGGGAGAGGAGCCGUGACAGGGCAGACUCGAGAAAAGAGCGAAGCAGAGAAAGAGAGAGGAGCCGUGACAGGGCGGACUCGAGAAAGGAACGAAGCAGAGAGAGGGAGAGGAGCCAUGACAGGGCAGACUCGAGAAGGGAGCGAAGCAGAGAAACAGAAAAGGGUAUAUCUAAAAAUGAAGAUCCUGAGACUGAUAAAGAUGGAGGGUGUGGAAGCUGUGAGGAAAAGCAAAGUGAGAAGGUCCAGGAAAAAGAAAAAGAUGCAGACUAGGAUAAAGACCAUGAUAAAAGGGACCACACUGAUGGAAGCAAGAGGAGAAAGAAUUCUCCAGAGUGUACUACUGACUAACACGUCAGUAUUGAACCAAAAAUGCCAAUCUGUGAACUUUGUCCUGAUAAUUUGAAACAGAAAUAAGUGGUAUAUCUGUACUCGUCAACUAGGAUGCCAGUUCAUGUUGCAAUGUUAUGAUGACAUGAUUUCACUUGUGUGUUUUCUUGUACAACAUACAGUAUUUACAACCAUGUCUUGCUGCUCUUAAAUACUAAUUAACAAUACAAGAAGCUGGUAGAACUUUUUAAAGUAGUUUUAUUACUUCUGAUUAUUAGCUAAACAGAUGGUUCUAGCAUGAGCUACUAUACAUUUCAAAAUUAAAAAAAAAAGUUGAAAAACCACAGCUCUUGCUGUUUCUGUUGUAUGGAUUCUUUCCUAAAAUAAUGCACGCUUUGUAGGCAAUUUGCAGUGGCACACACUUAUGAAUAAUUAUACAAAGAUAUCAUGUUCUUAUUCAGACCAGUUGUGGUUGUACAUUUGAGGUUUUAUGUUGCACUUCUAUUUCAAUCUAUUAAUUCCAGUUGCAAAAGUUGGCUGUUGACUAUUGCACUGUUUUGAUGCUGAAACAGGCAAUCACUACAAUGUAAGUGUUGUAUUAAAGUUUUAGAUAAAGAGUGCAUUGAGAAUAAAACUAUACAUCCAACUAUAUUUUGUAAAAUUGUCACCUUGUUACUUGGCUAUUAUCUUUGUUGCUUCAACAUUGUAGACUAUUGCUUGUAUACUACUCUUUUCUGUUAUUCUUCAUCAAUCUUUUUACUGAUGAAUCUGUGUAAAUAUUUUAAAUGAUGUUUUCAUUGUAAAUGAUUAUAAAAAUGGAUUUUCUUCACA